AUGACUUCUCCUACUUCAACUACUACUUCUCCCUCCUCCUCCUCUCUUCCGUCGACUUCCUCCCAAUCUGCAUUCACUCCCAGCUCUUACUUUACCUCUAUCGCCCGACGACGCCAACAAAAGAAAAUGAGCAUCACUCAAACAUACUACCUCGCCCACACCGCCCGCAAGAAGCUCACCCGAGAAGCUUCGCGGCCGGAUCACGACCUGCGCCUCCUUGUUGGCCAUGCCAAUCUCUUGGAUUCGCUUAUGCUGGACCUGGCCGAUGCGGAGCAAGAACAGGAGCGUUGGUUCAAUCAGACCGUCAGCGGAGUAACGAAGGGAUCCCAACGUUCUGAGUCCCAACACAUCAAAUGGGCCGAAGCCGUGGUGGAGGAGCCCGGGGAUGACUGGGAUCCAGAGGACGCCUCCGACGCUGACUCCGACGACUCGGAUUUUGAAGACGAUUACACUCCCGAACCCUACAAGCCAGUUCGCCGACGAGCACCGUCCCCGGUGGCCAUCAUCACCGAGACUGAGCUGGACGAGGAGGAGGAUGACUCCGAGUCCGACUCGGAUUCGGAUUUUGAAUAUGAUAACGCGGAGGAUCUGGAUGAGCUUGCUCUGACCCGAUCCCACUCGCGACAAUCACCACCGGAGCUCCUAUUAGACGAAGACGAGGACUCUGAGGAUGAUACCAUGCCUCCCUCGCCAUCACAACCGAUUCUGGAGACCUUUGACAACAAGCAAAUGCAAACCACCGAAAUCCCCUUUACUGAUUCCGACUUCGAACAUGGAUAUUACGUACCAGCACCGACGCAGGGACCGAUGAUCGAAGCGUGCUGA